AUGUGCUUGAUGCCCAGCUCACACAGCCCUUUAGUGGACAGGCCCAGCCCUUUUAUGGGUAUCACUGUUGAUGACCCCCUUGGGGCCUGCAAGCCCACCCAUUCCUAUCUGCAUAGCUCCCAGUCUUGGUAUGAAAUAAUGAAUUUGUGGUACCCGUAUAAACCUAUUGCAUGCUUUCACUUGGGGGUUAAUUUGCUAAGCAUCAAACUGUAGUGAAUUGAAAAUCCAAAUUGCAAAAUUUAGACAAAAAGAGUUGGUUUCAGAGUAAUCUCCAACCGAGCUGUAAUCACAGCUUGACCAUUUUAGAUGAGACUUAAUUUUGCAAUUUGGUGUGCAAUUCAGCUUUUAGUGAUUAAUCCUCAAAAAUCAAUAUAAUUAUUUUCUUUUUCUUUAUUACAGUACCUUUUGCAUUAAACGCAGAGAGCAUGAAAAUUCAGGAGGCAUCACAAACAGCACCACGUUACCUAAUCCUAGUUCCAGGUGAGAAGCGUACAUUGUUUUGUCUCUAUAUUUAACCUCCAAUAAUUCUCAAAAUUAAAAGGUUAAUCCAAAUAACAUGAACACUCCAGCGUUCUGAAGUGGUCAUGGUGCUAGGAAUUGGUUUGUGCAGCGUUUCAGUAAUAAAAUACUGAGCCUCUGAAGGUGUACCUCUAUGUCUGGCAGCGCCGUUAGCAACCCAGAAUGAGAGUUCUGGACUGUUAAUGGCAUCCAUCUUCCACAUCUAUACCAAGCUGGUGACAGCCAAGAGUUGCAAACCCCUAAUCCGCCUGACUCCUUUGUUAGACCGAACUUUGGCAUGUCUCACCCUCAGGGGGAGUGAUGUCACUGAAGGAGGCGUGCGAUCUAUGGUGUGUUUUGCCGCUUCCACCAAUGUAAAAUCUUUAGGUAAAAUGUUUUAAACAUUUUUCAACAUAGAUAUGGUCAUAGCUUGGCUAGUGAAGCCAAUUUGUUAAUUCACUACAAUUCAGUAAUAAAUUGAAAAUACAUCGCAUGGCAGGAUAUUUGAUUAGUGCUCUUUUUUAUAGCAGCAUUUUCGGCGUGAUACGUACGGCAGAAGGUUGUUUGGAAAGCAGUGCAAAUCGAGACACCUCACCAAAUUCUAGCACCAGGUGAGAAGCUACACAAUUCCUGCAUUAAUCUCUAACACGGGAUUAUUUACAAAACAGCUGGAGAAACAGGCAUAUGUUUCUCAAACCAUUUUUAUGAAUGGGGAGCUAGUGAUUGGCUGCCUUAGAGUGUCAGCUGACGCACUUAGCUAGUCAUCAUCACCCCAGUCUGAGAUGGUCCAAAGGUUUGAAAAACCUCAGAGAAGGACAGGGGACAGAGCUCAACAGCGCUGAAGAGAAGUCUUUGGGAUUACGGUUUAACCCCUAAAUCUAAACUGGCACUAGGGACCUACUGGCACGAUAACAGCUUCAUUCUGAUGAAGUUGUUAUGGUGCCCAUAGUGUUCCUUUAACUAUCAGUAACUAGUUUAGCAGAUAUAAUUGUGCUACACUGUAAAGUACAGAAUAAUGUUCUUAUGCGCAAUCAGUCAUCAUGCUAAAAUAGUUUUGAUUUGUGAAUUUGCUCAGUUAUGGCAUUUUUUUUAUUGCCUAUUGCCCAAAUCUAGACCCUCAGAUACUGUCAAACUUCAACUUCCCCUUUAAGAACGACACAAGAUCAUGGAUGUUGUCGUUUUAAAACAUCUGGGGUCUAAAUUGUGGGCUCUUGUUUUCAUAUGUUAUCAGAAUAUCCCUCCAAUGUGUUUGUUCAUGUUCUAGUUCCAUAGAUUCAGAGAGAGAUGUCGACCACCCCUCCGAAAAACUGCCGCCACCGAAAGACAUAGAUCUCUCAGAGUCCCAGAACGAAUCGGAAGUAAAGGCCUCACAUUCUAAACUUCAAGUCCGAGGGAGUAAAAAGAAGAGACUAGCAAGACAGCAACCCGUAAGCCAACCUCAUCGUUACCCCAAAAGGAAUCGAAAAGUCCCAGAAAGGCUUGUGCUGUAA